AUGAGAGCUCUAGCAUAUUUUGCUAAAGGUGAUAUUCAUUUCACCAAGGAUCUAGUUGAGCCAAAAAUUAGUACCCCAGAUGAGUUAAUUCUAGAAAUUAAUUACUGUGGUAUAUGUGGUACGGAUCUACACGAAUACAUUGAUGGACCAAUUUUCUUCCCAGAGGAUGGCGAAACAAAUGAGUUAAGUGGUUCAGGUUUACCACAGGCCAUGGGCCAUGAAAUUGCUGGUACUGUUGUGAAAAUCGGCCCUAAAGUAACCAAGUUCAAAGUCGGUGAUCAUGUAGUCGUGCAACCUAACGGUACUUGUAAAGAUAGAUAUCGCUGGCCACACUCUCCUCAUGUGAACAAACCGUGGUGUUCAGCUUGUAAGAAGGGUCACUACAACGUAUGUUCUAAUUUAGGUUUAAUUGGUAAUGGUGUCCAAAGCGGAGGCUGUGCUGAAAGGAUGUGUAUAAAUGAGUCGCAUUGUUUCAAGGUGCCUAAGGAUAUGCCUAUGGAUAUUGCAGCUUUGAUCCAACCAAUUGCAGUUUCAUGGCAUGCUAUCAAAGUUGCUCGAUUCAAAAGAGGUGGUUCAGUAUUGGUAAUAGGAGGUGGGCCAAUUGGACUAUGUACUCUUUUGGCUUUGCAAGGACAUGGCUGUUCAGAUAUCGUUGUUUCAGAACCAGCAAAAGUAAGAAGAGAAUUAGCUGAGCGAAUGGGUGCCACUACUUACGAUCCUUCUCAACAUAAUACUGAAAAAAAUAUCCAAAAUUUAAGAAAAAUGAUCCUGGGGGGUGACGGUUUUGAUUACGUAUUUGAUAAUUCCGGGACACCUGAAACAUUGGAGACCGCCAUUGAAUGCCUGACCGUAAGGGGAACGGCCGUUAAUGUGGCCAUGUGGCCCCCACAUAAGCGUGUUGAAUUCUCUCCUAUGGCAGUCACAAAGGAAGAAAAGAUAUAUACAGGAUCUAUGUGCUACACACAGUUUGAUUUUGAAGGUGUUAUUGAUGCUUUCGAAAGAGGUUUAAUUGACAAGGACAUUGCAAGGCACAUGAUUACUGCCAAGGUGCCCAUAGAAGACGGCCUUGAAGACGCCAUCUUAAGACUGAUCACACACAAGGAACAAACUAUCAAGUUGUUAUUGACCCCUAAUCUUCACGGGGAACUGGACUCCUGA